GAAGUUUCAGUAGAAUCAUGAACUCUGUGAUAACAUUCUUAAAUAGUCAUCUCAUGCUACAUUCAACAAAUAGAAUUGCUCUCCUAGCUUCACACUCAUCAGGUUGCUCCUACCUAUACCCUGACCCUUCAGAAGAUACUGAGCUUUUACGACAAAGAGACGGUCAGUAUGAAGUGCUGUAUCAGGUUGAAACUGUUGUUAGAAGGAGACUUAAAGCAGUUCUUUCAAGGGAUAUGAAUCUGGGAAGUACAGCGGGUGCUGAAUCUUUAUUAUCUGGAGGACUGGCUAUGGCACUAACCUACAUAAAUAGAGUUAAGAUGAAUCUCUCCCCGGCAGAGAAAAUAAACCCCAGGCUCUUAGUGAUUUCGUCAACAGGUGACAGUGCUGCCCAAUAUAUAAAUUAUAUGAAUGUAUUCUUCACUGCUCAGAAACUAAGCUACCCCCUUGAUGUUUGUAUGCUGGGGACAGAUUCAGGGUUACUUCAACAAGGCAGUGAUAUCACAGGAGGGGUGUACUUAAAGGUUGAGAAUAUAGAAAGAUUACUACAGUACCUAGUUUGGAUGUUUCUUCCUUCUCCUCCCCUCCGUAGUAUGCUAGGAGCUCCACCCCCUGUCAAGGUUGACUACCGAGCCGCCUGCUUCUGUCACAGACAGCUGGUUGAUGUUGGAUACGUUUGCUCUGUCUGCCUUUCAAUAUUCUGCAGGUUUAACCCUGUGUGCACAACUUGUCAUUCUGUAUUUGCUCCUCCUAAAAUAAUACCUAAAAAGAAGAGGGACGGAGGAAAGAAGACGUGACGAGCUGUUUUCACGAAUCAAUGUCGACCGCCGCAUUUUCUCCUAAAUUCUCCUAAAAUCUCAUCAAGCAAUUUUCGUUAAUUAUUCUCCGAUGUAUGAAUACUUUAUUUUCAGA